AUGUUCAGCAUGCGCAAGGCGAGAGACACAAUGCCAUUACACACCGACGACGCAUCCCCCAACCAUCGCCAGCCGUCACCAAGCUACGAAACCAUCUACACCCCAGAACACUUGCUGCACCUUCGCCUCCUGCACCACUACAACAUCUGCACGGUGCAGUCCUUCACCGACGCCUUCCAGCUCGAGGGCUUCAAGUCGGAGGUCCUCCGUCUUGAGGUCCCGAGCCUGGCCCUCCAGCACCACUACCUUAUGGACGCCCUCCUCUCCGUGACCCUCCUUCACCUGGCCAGCACAGAUCCGUCCACUGACCUCCCCGUCACCAAGUACCGAGACCGCGCGGUGAGGCAGCUUCGGCACCAAGUCGAGCAGGUAUCAGAAGACAACGCCCGGCCCGUUUUUAUGGCUUCACUUUUGCUGUCCGUGACUGCCCUCGCAGCCGAUCGGCACACGGGCUAUGAUGGUAUCUGGCUUACGAACUGGCUUGCGAUGGCCAUCGGACCGCGGAUGAUGAUCGAUGGGCUCAGGAAACAAGUGUCACUCCGCCCCACGCCGCAGAGGAGUAUACCGCUCGAACACGCUGCCCCUGUAGCGAUUCCACUGGAUCUGGAAGAUGCCCUGCGAAUGGACGCGGACGACGAGGACUGGGAGUUUCGUGAAGACCUCCAACGUGCGGCAACCGGGAUUGGAAAACUUUUUGGCUCGUUGGCAUGUCCUACCUGCGAUGGCUGCGUGGCAUUCAAGGCCAGGGCAUGGCCGUUCUCAUUCGUCUCGUCGAGGUUUGUGGACAUGGCUCGUCAGCUGAAGCCCAGGGCUCUGGCCGUGAUGAGUUACUACCUGCCGUUCUUCCACUGGUUUCCCAGGGUUUGGCUCUACGAGGACGUGGCUGUCCAGGAGAUGGAGAGGAUUGCGUUAGCAGUCGGGAGCGAGUGGGCGACGCCUUUGGCUGCCCCAAAGGUUGCUGUUAGGGUCAAGGAUACGAGCCUCCUGAAGGAGUACCUUCUUGGGCUUGUGUCCCGGGAAUGUCUUCGAGACGAGAGUGCUUUUGAGGGAUUUGUCUGA